AUGAAUGCCACUGCUUCUGCAGAAGCACCUUCCUCGAAUUCAGAGUCCCCACAUGUAUCUUUACAAGCUCCAACAACGUCCCCUUAUGACUCGCAACAUCAUCACCAUAAUCCUCAGCAGCAGCAGCAGCAGCAGCAGCAGUAUUACCAUCAACAACAUUAUCAGAAUCCUCUACCUCAAGUGCCACAAAUACCACCUCAAAGAACCUUUGAAGAACCAUCGUUGCUUAAGCCGCGCAGAGGGCCAGGCCGUCCUCUGGUGAAUCAACAAAGUACUUCUACAGCAUCUGUGGAUGUAUUUCCUCCACCUCUUUCAAAUGAAACUUCCUCUCUACUCUCGGCUCCCGAUUUACCGCCUUCUAAGCGCUCAAAAACAGUUGCUGCAACUAGCAGUAGUAACCCAUUGUAUUCUACUCAAGCAUCAGGUACUUCUGUAUCUACAACAAUCACCAACAGUAGCAAUAGCAACAACAACAAUAAUAAUAAUAAUAAUAGUCCAUCUAUUUAUAUACAACGUUUUGAUAAGAGCACAAAUUCCAGUUCUGACUGCCCACCUCAGAAACAGCAAUAUCAAAGUCAGGCUCAAAAUCAAGACCCGAGUCAACAAAGAUCUCUAAGACACAACACUAUUUAUGCAGAGCAAGCAGUUUUCUCAAUUUCUUCACCUUCAGGGAAACCAGGUCCAACAAUUGCAACACGAGCUCGCAAGCCCCGUUCAAAAAAUGGGCCUUCUAUUUUCAAGUUUAGGCUCAAAAAUCCUGCAAAUUUUAUUAUGUCGGCGCGGGCUUCAUUGUCUGCCAAGCCAGCCGCGCAGAUAUCUUCUGUGCCCCCCGUACCAUCUAUGCAUCAACAACAAAAUCAAAGAAUUACAAAUACUUCAGUUUACCCAUCGAACCCCAUUGAACGGUCAUCUUCAUUUUCAUCAGUUUCAUCUUUUUCUGAUCCGCCGAAAAAUAAAAGACGAUACUCGGAAAUGGACUCACACCAAAUCAUGACCAUGAACUUGUCUCAUUCUCCUGGACCAGUACCUGGGAAUGAGUCAGGAUUCGGAUCCGGGCCUAGGAUGGAAAUUGGGUCAGGGAUUAGAACCGAGGGUAGUGUGCACCAUCAUCAAAGAUCGCUGUCUGUGCAAGAGACAGCUACAACUAUUGUAACAAAAACCUCAUAUGCACCAUCGGAGUUGUCAACAACUCGCACUACCCCAGAAUCCAUCACUCAAGCCCAAGUUUCAUUACAACCUUCGACGCAGUAUAAUCCGAUCUGGAGGAAAACAGAUUCCAAUGCUCCAAUAUUAGAUUCUAGAGAUUCGGUUUCUUAUGGACAGCAGCAAUAUCAGUACCAACAGAAUCAACAGCAGCUGAAACAUCACCAACAUCAACAUCAACAUCAACAUCAACAGCAGCAACAACAGCUACAGCAACAGCAGCAGCAACAACAGCAACAACAGCAGCAACAGCAGCAACAGCAGCAACAGCAGCAACAGCAGCAACAGCAGCAACAGCAGCAACAGCAGCAACAGCAGCAACAGCAGCAACAACAGCAACAACAGCAGCAACAGCAGCAACAACAACAACAACAACAACAACAGCAGCAGCAACAGCAGCAGAACCAGUAUCAGUACCAGCAUCAAGGACCUUCUCCUCUUCCUCCCCCUCUUCCUCCCCCUCUUCCUCCUCCACUGCCAAUUCAUUACACUUCUUCUCAACAGCUGCCUCAACAAGGACCACCUUCUACGUAUCACUCCUCACAGUCGCAAAAUACUGCACGGCGUUCCAUGAGACCUGACAUUCCUCCCCCACCUUCAGGCUCUGGUAUUGUUCUAUCAAUGCCACCUCCUGCUCCUUCUUCUGCCCAUCCUGCUCAUCCUGCUCCUUCUGCUUCUUCCGCUCUGUCUGCUCAACUUGCCCAUCCUAUUCCUAAUCCUAAUCCUUCUUCUGCUUCUGCUUCUGCUUCAGUAGCUACUUCUGCCCCCCCUGUUCCUCCUGCUCCGCAAUAUAAUCAUUACUAUUCUUCACGCCAGUACCAUCUCCAAAAGCUAGAAAACUAUCAUCUUCAGCAGUUGCAGCAAAUUCAGCAGCAGCAGCAGCAGCAACAACAACAACAACAACAACAACAACAGCAGCAGCAGCAGCAACAACAGAAAAAUCAAUACCAACAACUAAUUUCUUCAAGACCUAUUCAAUUUGAUGAAGCUUCAGACUCGAAGUAUGUUGCAGGAUUUUUGCACGGGUGCAACUUAGGUUAUAGCCACGGGUAUCACGAUGGUAAAAGUUCAAAUCCAUACAAUGCUGAAAAAGUAAUCAGGUACGGACCAACUUCUUCAAUUUCAGUGGAUGUGGCGUCAAUACCCAAUAUGCCCAACUGGGUUCCGCCUCAACCACCCUCACUGCCUCAACCUUUGCAACAGCAUCAACAUCUUCACGAGCAACAGCAACUUCAACUUCAACGGCAACAACAAAAACAAAAACAACAACAACAACCUCAAUUGCUACUAUUACCUCCACAACCACCGCCACCUCCUUCCGUUACCUCUGCUUCUCAUGUUUCUGAUGCUAGUCCUGUUGGUCCUGCUUCUCCUGUCCCUUCUUUUCAACAACCACAUCAGCAUCAGCAGCAACAACUCCAGCAACAAGUGCAACAAAAAUAUCCAGUCCAGUACCCGGGGCCUAUUCAGCAACUUCCACAGCAACAAGAUCCAGUUCAACACCACGGGUCUUAUCACCAACCUUUUCAGCAAGUACAACAAGAUUCAGGUGCUUCUCACCAGUCUGUUGAGCAACAAUACCAGAUUCAGCGUUCGGAGUCUUCCCAUCAGCUUUCUCCACAAUCACCACAUCAACAAGGCUCAAUUCAGCAGUCGGGGUUGUCUCAUCAAUCUCCUCAAUACAUACAUAGGCAAUUACCACUUCCACAGCAGCAAAAAUCUCAAAAGUCUCUUGCGCUGCAACCUCCACCACCUCCACCACCACCAUCCGUUCAGCGAUCAAAUCAUUCUUUUCCUUUGCCGCCAUUACCGCCCCCAAUAUUUUCACAACUAUACUCGUCUUCUUCUUCUUUUCCAGCUUCCUCUACGGCUUCACUCUCAUCGUCUUGUUCAUCUUCUUCAUCUUCUUCAUCAGCUGCUUCUCUAUCUUCAGCCUCUUCAGUAGGUGGCUUGAAAAAAUCAGAUCCCUCUUUUGAACAAAGCAGCAAAUGUCAUUCUUCAGAAUCUCCUUCUGCUGCAACUACGGCUGUUAACAUUGCUUCUGCUGAGUCGUUAGGCCAUAUGUAUGUCCCAGACCCUGGUGCAGCUGAUUCUGGAAACCCACCACCACUGCUUGGAGCACAGCAAGAGCACCAAGGCCAGUACCAUCAAGGUCAGUACACGCAUAUACAUGCACAGGCCCCAAUUCUGGUAAAACAAAGUACCAGUAUAAAUGGUACUAAUGCGGGUAGUUCUAUCACUACUACUGCCACCGCUGCCACUUUGAUGUCACCAGUCAGUCGACGUGCAUCAGGCACUUCUAUGAAUACUACGGCAGCUAGUGGUGGAGGAGGUAGUCAUUCUGGGGCUGUCGGUUCGAGGAUUGAGUCAAGUACUGGGUUAGGUGUUAGAGUGUCCUCAUCUUCGCCAGUGUUGUCAGUGCAUCCAGGGAUUGAUUAUGGAACUGAUAAAAUUAUUGGCGCUGCAAAUUUAAAUUGUGCCGGUGCGCCAACUCCCACGCCUGCGUCGACACCAACAACAACAUCACCACCAACAUCAUCAUCAUCAUCAUCAUCAUCAUCAUCAUCAUCAUCACCACCACCAACAACAACAACAACAACAACAACAACUGCUAUUCUCAAUGCCACAUCUACAAGUGCACAUGCAGUGGCCCCACCCUCGUAUCCAAACAAUAGAGCGAUUCUCUCACCGGUCGAGACUGAAGACAUUUCCAAAAAUGGAUAUGAUAGAGCCACGACUACAACACCGACAAGAGUGACUAUUGUGACUACCUCGUGUAUUGAAUCGAGAGAAAAGUAUGAUGGUGGUGAUUCCAGAAUGUUACAUACAGAAAAAGAAGAAGAAGAAGAGGGAAAAAAUGAAAAAGAAAAGGGAAAGAACAAGUUAUGGGACGGUGGACAAAGACUCAGCAUAAAUCACCAGAAUAACGACGCGGAAGAAAUGGAUGAACAGUGGCAACAAGGUUAUCAAGGAAAUAAGACAAAGAACUACAGGGACAAUAGUGUGGGUACUAUUAAAGAUGCAAGCGCAAUAGCAAAAAUAACACCAUCUUCAGAUGCAGCUCAGGAAAGUACAGUCUCUAGGAGUUGUAAUGGUUUAAAUGACAGAAAACGGAGCACGAGGAGCAGGAGACCGAGAAGUGGUAGCGAUAUUGGGAGAAAUGACUGUACCAGUGAAGGGACUACUAAUAGGGAGCUCGAUCGACCAAUUAACGAUGGGGUGCAUACGAGGGUAUCUGGACUUUUGCAGCAAUCACCAACACAGCCCAUGGAGGUAAUUAUUGGCAAAACACUUCCCAAAGCGCCACGUUGCGGCUCGGAAUCGGAGGAAAUGUCGGCAGCCGAGAAGUACGGUGAGCGAGAUAUGAAUGAGAGGAGGGGAAAAAUAAAGUUUCUUAAGUUUGGUGAUUUGAAAAAUGUGAAUAAUAAAAAUGAUGGGAAUAAAAAGAAGGGAAAUAUUAUGGAAAAAAGUGCAAAGGAGAGGAAGAAAGAAAAUGGAAAUGGCGAAAGUGGUAAUAAUGGUAACAUCGGUGACAAUGGUAAUAAUGAUGACCACAAUGACCACAAUGACCACAAUGACGACCAUGAAGCUAAAGUGAUGGCUUUGGCCACAAGGACUCGCAGAAGUUUACGUUUGCGGAAAGAAGUAAUUUCUGAUUGA